AUAGUAAGUCGUAGUUCGUAGCUCAAGCUUGGUGAAUACCGGUGCACCUUCCUACUUGGGAAAUGGUAGAAAUUGACAUGGGCUUCCAGGGAUUUUGAGACAGAUUUGGGGUAAUACAUCUAUAGCGUGAUCCCAGGAGCAACAUGGGGUUCAGUAUUCAGUGGCACAAGUUCAAGUUUAAUCACGACCAACCUGAAUUGUUUCUUACGUCUCAAUGGACAUUUGAUCAUGGACGAAAUGUGGGCACCCUGUUUGUCAUCUACAAGUUACUCGUGUUUCUCUUUGCUCUCGUUAAUUAUGCUUUGAAUUUGGCUCACCAUGAAGAUCCAGGCUAUUUCCUGAUCUAUAUGACGAAUCAAGGAAUCACGAUACUUCUGAUGGACCAGGUUAUCGCUACUGGCUUGGUUUUGCACGCCAAGAUAUGUGGCUUGUCUCCCAGCACCUCUGAUUCGUCUUCGACGACAUGUCUAGUCCAAGCCCUUGAAAACAAGAAACCAAACCAGCCAGCAAGACCUCUGCCGUUUUUGCAUAAGCUAAGCUGGGUCUUUACAUCUCUGACUUGGACCACGGCCGUGUUCAUCACGAUCUUCUACUGGAGCAUCCUUUUCGACAAAUCCGAGCAAUCAUAUUUCAACGUCUUCGUUCAUGGUUUGAAUAGCGUGAUUUGCUUUUUGGACCUUCUCAUCACAGCAAGGCCAUUCCGCUUCCAUCACGUCUAUGUCCCGUUAAUAUUUGGAGUGUAUUACGUAAUAUUUAGUCUGAUCUAUUAUUUCGCGGGUGGAACCAACGCGAAUGGUGAUCCCUGGAUUUACGUGGUAUUGGAUUGGUCCAAGCCGGGUCCGUCCAUUGGCGUAGUGGCUUUAGCGGCCGUAGGCCUCAUUGUGAUUCACGCUCUAGUUUUUGGGGCCUACAAACUGAGAGUUUGGAUUUGGAAUCGAUGCUUCAACGUGGAUGAUCAGAACAGCGAACGACAAGGCUUCUCCAUUUCGGACAUAGAGAGCGAAACCGGAAAACGCGUGUAUGGAGGCACUGACAAUCCAGUUUUUACCAUUUCCCAAAACGAAUAACUUCGCACCCAGUAAUAAGUGUCACUCACCAUGUAUCACCAUGUUUGCGCGGAAUAAAAUGCCCCAUAUAUAUUUGCGAA